GUGAAUCUGGUGUCGCAGAAGGUCAACAGGACACUUCUAUGUUCGCUCGACGUCUUUUCGUGUUUGUUAAAAUAUUAAUUUAAACGCGAAGUUUCAUUAAAGCCUAAACGUUGUUUUAACGUUAGCCGUUAGCUUCGCGUCCUCGGCGGAAGAAGAAGCUGGAAUCCAACAUGGAGGACAUGUACGUGAAAGCAGGUAACCAGGAGCGGGGCUGGAACGACCCCCCUCAGUUCUCCUAUGGCCUUCAGACGGCCCGCGGACCCCCGAGGAACCUCCUGAACAAGAGAGCAGCUCCUCCUGCGUCAGGUGCAGGAGCUCCACCCCCUAUGUAUUCCUCGGCCAACCAUCUGGCUCCAACUCAGUGUGGCAUAGCCCCGCCCCCUCUACACAAAGCUGGUCCUCCACCUGGCUGCGUGGCAUCGCCCCUUCCUCCGUCAGGACCAAUGAUAAGCCAGAAAGAGGCUGGCAGUAGCCAAUCAGAGAGUGUGCCUGAUGUGGAAGCAGUGGUGCUGGUGUUGAAGCGAGCGCUAGCCGCCUGCAGACAGACUAUCGGAGUGAGUUCAACCCCAAUCAUGGUGGAUCAGGUGUGUAAUGAUGUGGAAAAAAGGCUCCGCCUUCUGGAGGAUGGCUGGAGAUCAGGUCAGCUGAGUCUUCCUGUCAAGAGACGCAUGGACGCCCUGUCUCAAGAGUUGCAGUCGGGUCACUGGGACGCAGCUGAUGAGAUCCAUCGCUCUCUGAUGGUCGAUCAUGUGACUGAGGUCAUUCAGUGGAUGGUCGGCGUUAAACGACUUAUCGCUGAGACGCGAAAUCUGAGUCCAGAACUCCUACAACUUCUUCAUAACCCUGCAGAACCAGUCCAGGAGCCUGUCUCUCAGUCCUGACUCAGCAGCAGGUUUCCUUUGUCUCUUGACAAACUUUGACCCUUUUAACCAUCUCAGGACCUGGUGGCAACAAUCCUCACAUUCACACUUCAGGUUCAAAGCUCAAACCAUAGGGAAGGAGGAGGUUCAGCAGUUUGCUCAAGGGAACUUCAACGAGGAUGGAUGUAUUGUUCAAAAUGAAACCCUUCUGUUCUGGACUCUGCAAUUUGGACCAUGAACAUCUGGAUUCUGGAUUUUAGACUAUUAUUGGUGUCUGGACCACAGACUGCUAAUAAAAACAGAUGUAGACUCCAGGUCCAGAGAGUGAAGCUGAUGCUGAAGUGUCUGGAACUUGUCUUCUGUGUACUGACCAGCAGGGGGCGACUCCACUGGUAGUUUCUAUAGAAGUCUAUAGAAAGUGACUUCUCACUUUAUAACGUCAGGAAACAUUCAGGAGUUUCUGUCUCAGUCUCUAGUUUCAAGUCUUCUUCA